CAACAGCGGGAGAGCAGAGUGGGGUGAGGGCCCCCGGCCGGACCUCUGGGAGGCAGCAGGAAGAGGCCUGAGUGCCCUGGAACCUCCUGCCUGCGGGCCGUGGCCGCCCCUGCCGCUGCUCCGGCUCCCAGGGAGACGCCUGGACUCCGGCAACCCUGGUCAGCACUGCCUGCCCCAUGGCCCGGCCCCUGGGAGCCGAGAUGUGGGGGACUGAAGCUCCCGUGCUGCUGCUGCUGGUGCUGGGGAGCUUUGAGGGCCGCUGCCCCGCGGGCGAGCUGGAGACAGCGGACGUGGUAGCCGUGCUGGGUCAGGAUGCCCGGCUGCCCUGCUUCUACCGAGGGGACCCCGAGGAGCGCGUGGCUCAGGUGGCCUGGGCGCGGCUGGACGCGGACGAGGGCGCGCGCGAGCUGGCGCUGCUGCACUCGGAGUACGGGCUGCACGUGGGCGCCGCCUACGAGGGCCGCGUGGAGCAGCCGGAGGACCCGCGAAGCCCCCUGGACGGCGCCGUGCUGCUGCGGAACGCGGUGCAGGCGGACGAGGGCGAAUAUGAGUGUCGCGUCAGCACCUUCCCCGCCGGCUCCUUCCAGGCACGUCUGAGGCUGCGAGUGUUGGUGCCCCCUCUGCCCUCCCUGAACCCGGGGCCAGCGCUGGAAGAGGGCCAGGGCCUGACACUGGCAGCUUCAUGCACCGCCGAAGGCAGCCCGGAACCCAGUGUGAGCUGGGACACGGCAGUCCGGGGCUCACAAUCCAACCGCUCCUUUAAGCACUCACGUUCAGCUGCUGUCACCUCCGAAUUCCGACUGGUGCCGAGCCGCAGUAUGAACCAACAGCCGCUUACUUGCGUGGUAUCCCACCCAGGGCUGCUGCAAGACCAGAGAAUCACUCACAUCCUCCAUGUGGCCUUCCUGGCUGAAGUGUCGGUGCGGGGCCUGGAAGACCCGAAGCUGUGGCAGUUGGGACAAGAAGGAGCUUCCCUCAAAUGCCUGAGUGAAGGGCAGCCACCACCCACCUACAACUGGAGCCGGCUGGAUGCGCCCCUGCCCAGAGGCGUGCAGGCCGAAGGAGCCACCCUGACCUUCCCAGCGCUGACCACAGAACACAGUGGCACCUAUGUCUGUCAUGUCAGCAACAGAGUCUCCUCCAGGGAUGCCCAGGUGUUGGUGGAGGUGGCAGAGCCUCAGGAUGAGCCCGGGAAGCAAGUGGACCUGGUGUCGGCAUCAGUGGUGGUGGUGGGCAUCAUCGCCGCUCUCUUGCUCUGCCUCCUGGUGCUUGUGGUGGUCCUCAUGUCGCGCUACCACCGCCGAAAAGCCCAGCAGAUGACCCAGAAGUUUGAGGAGGAACUGACGCUGACCCGGGAGAAUUCCAUUCGGAGGCUGCAUUCCCACCACUCAGACCCCAGGAGCCAGCCGGAGGAGAGUGUAGGGCUGAGAGCAGAGGGCCACCCCGAUAGUCUCAAGGACAACAGUAGCUGUUCUGUGAUGAGUGAGGAGCCUGAGGGCCGGAGCUAUUCCACGCUGACCACCGUGAGGGAGAUCGAGACACAAACGGAGCUGCUGGCUCCCAGUGUGGUACGACCAGAGGACGAGGACGAGCAGGAUGAAGGCAUCAAGCAGGCCAUGAGCCACUUCGUGCAGGAGAAUGGGACACUGAGAGCUAAGCCCACAGGCAAUGGCAUCUACAUCAAUGGCCGUGGGCACCUGGUCUGACGGAGUCCCUCACCCUGUCACCUGCUGCUCUUGGGCUCUCUGUACCCCGUUUCCCCAGGACACUGUUUCUCCCUUUACUUCCAGCCCGAGUUGGACCACGGGCGGGUUCCCCUGGCCACAGAGGCCCUCCUGGACAUGUAUGUGUGUGUGUAUGUGUGUGUGUGUGU